AUGAGGGCAUAUGCGGGCCCUGCAGGCAUGCAGCAGGGUUUGAACUGCAAGCGGGAACAAGCAGAACACCACAGGGAGCCGCUGGAGCCGGACGCGCGACCUUUGGAGGCCCUCAGCUUGCUGCGUGGAUAUGGAUGCCCAUUCGUCGCGCUGCCCCCGGCCUGGGCGAACCUCGCAGGGCAGCUGGGAGGCCAGCAGAUUCAGGAGAGCGACCUCUUCCUAGGCAGUCAAGCCUUCACGAAGAAUGAGUCUGAAAAUCUUGGCAUCAUCUACAAGUGGUUGGACGACAUCAUGUGGUCUCAGGCCUGGGAUUUGCCCGCACAGAGGAAAGUUGCCUAUGCGCAGCUGAAGGACUUGGCGGAGGUGAGCACCCUCGCCUUGCCCUCAUUGGCCUUCGGCGUCGGCCAGGCCUUGUACUCCUACUUCUGGUUCGAGGACAACGGAGGUAAGAUCGACCUGGAGGCCGCGGAUUUGUCGGUGCGCCUCCAUGACCUGAGCCUUCAACACAGCGGCUGCAGCGACCUGUCCAUGGGCGUUGGGACUUUCCUCAGCAAGGUGUGCCACGAGCGGUGGCUUUUCCUGAUCAUGCUCAGCGCAGAGGUGGGAACCGCGUUUGCGGGGCGACGAAAGGACUUGGUGCACGCUGCCGCAAUGCUGCAGCGGGCAAACCAGCUGUUCGCGGACCUCAAAGAGUACCCCUUUUUCAGCUUUCGCAGGUGGCAGUCGCUCUACGACAUCAACACGAACUCCCACGUAUUCCCUGAGGGCUUCCGCCAGCGGCCGGUAUGGCCCACAGCUGCGGUGCCCAUCGCGGUUUGGUUGGAGGAGAACUACGAGGUCUUCCGGCAAGAUCUCGACUUGAUCCUCAACCAGAGCAGCUUCGACACGCUCUACUUCAUGGGCCACGUCUCCAUGACUCAGUUUUCGGGCCGCCGGGAAUCCUGGGCGCCGCUGAACCUGAUCCACAACCGGGAGUUGGCACCUCACGCGUGCGAGGUAGCGCAAAGGAGCUGCAAGCUGCUGGCCGAAAGGCCAGAAAUCGCGCGCUGCCAUGCGAGGGACGUGGGUGCAGCCUUUGCCCGACUUCAGCCCGGCAUGGGGAUCAAGCCGCAUCUCUGGAACGCACCCCCGAGGCUGGCGGUCCACCUGGGCCUCAUCACCCCUCCAGGUGCCACCAUGGCAGUGGGCUCUGAGGAGCUGCGCUGGGAGGAGGGCAAGGCCGUGGUGUUCGAUGACACAUAUAUUCACAGCGUGAAGCAUGAGGGCACCGACGACAGAUAUCUGCUGAUUGCUUGGUUCUGUCAUCCGUGCGACACGAUGCAUGCAGAAGUUGCUCCUGAACUCUCUGAAAGCUUGUGCUUGCAGUGA